CUUUAUAUGAAGUGUCACCGCAGCAUGUUGAUGGCAAUAGCAACGGCAGCAGCUAUGGCGGAAGAACCGAAGCUUCCAGAACCUUCUGGUCCGGCGUCGCCGUUUGAUCCCAGUCGGAUGGUUGGUAUCAUCAAGAGGAAAGCGUUGAUCAAAGACUUAGCUGCUGUAUACCAUGCCGAAUGCCUUACGUACUGUCAAGAGCUUUUGGAACUUCAAACAAAAUGGGAAGAGCCAUUUAUCGACUUAAAACCUCCAGAGGAUUCCAAAAAGGAGACGGCACGACCCUCCAAACGCGUAAAAAAGCUGCGUUAGCUGGUUGACCGAUAGCUCAUUACGGAGCACAGUAUGUACCAUCG